UGCCACGGGGAGCUAGGCUAUACAUUGUUGAGAACGGUGUAGGGUAUAUAACAAGGGGAGCUUAGAAUUGCGCUACUGUAGAGACUCUGACUUGUAUGACUGUUCACUGAGCCAGAAAAUACUUCCUCGGUCCUCAUAUUGGAGUUAAGGUUGGAGUAGAAAAAAGAGUUAUUCUUACGUUGAAGUCUGGCCUAAGCUUCUUUGAAUUCUGAUAGUUUGGUGUUUAUUCGUGCUCUUUACAUGUGGAGGAAAGACCACGCACAACUUACACAUGUUUUUGGUGUAGCUUAAUUCCAGCAAGUCAGCACUAUAAGUAAAACUAUUACAUUUCGCCACGGUAAUACAAGCAGUCACAUGACGGACAAGAGGCUGAAGGAACAGAACACAGAACACAUUUCUUUGACUCAGAUUUUCUCCAAGGAGAUAACACGUUGACCUGUAGGCAUACCAGAAAAUGGACUCUUCAAGGUUGAAGACACCCUUGCGGAGACUUCUGGCAAGCAACUCCCAAGCGUCCACUGAUGAUGAUUCCGAGCUGUCCCCACUCGCUAUCGGCAUUCUCAUCGGCGGAUCCAUCCUCUUCAUCAUCAUCUUGAUUCUUUUCAUAGUGUGGCUUCUCCGAAUUAACGGGAAGAUUUGCAAGAAGAAUAAAGCCCCAAGCAACGUACCACCACCCGUUGUCCAUAAUCUCGACAUGGCUGGGUUUAAUUUUGAACAGGAAGAUGCCCUCCAGACACCUAGUAGUGGCGACGCAGCAGUGGUUAGGGAAAGAGCACAGGACACGGAACAAGAGUUGGGAAAAUCACAUUUCAGCGUAUACAUCGACAAUGUCGGAACAUUCAAAGAUGUGGACUCUCAACCUCAGCCACAACAAGUCCGGGAUUGCAACGAUGACUACACUCUGGCAAACGAUGUCUCAGACUCAGAUGGAACUGCUGGAAACGCAAAGGUCGUUGAAAGAUGGAAAACUCAUGAAAGCAUUCCCAACGAAUACUCACUCGCAACAACGCAACAAGAUGACUUAUAUGUCGAUUUAAAAGAUGAAAGCAAUACAGAUUUGAUUACAAAAUCUACGGCUGAAGAUACAGCAACGAACGAAGGAAACAAUGAAAAUGUAUACGAAGAUGUGCAUCAUCCGGACGGACAUCUUUACUUCGAGUUGGAGAGAGGUGGCGAUAGUAAGGAAAGUGCGGUUCGUGAAAGUUUAGAGGUAAAAGACGUUCACGAAAAUAUACAUUAUGACGUCAGCCAAGAAGUCCCGAAUCUCAGACCAGAAGUCUCACGAGAGAUCAGAGAGGAGAACGCAGAAUCACUUGUCGGAGGCUCGGACUACUUCGUGUUGGAGAAAUGUGCCGAUAGUGAUGACGACGACGAGACACAAAACACUCCUUCUGUAGCAGUAGCAAGCACAGACAAAGGCUCGGAGGAACACGACGAAGAUCCGAGUGCUAUCUACGACAAUAAUGCUGACGUCAAGAAAGACCUACCAACUGUCGGGACGGAAUCCCCUCAAAGCAGUCCCAAGGAGGAGACGACAAACGCAGAGACAGAACAAAGUGACGAUUCUGAGUCCGAGCAGGAAGAUUUCAGUUUCAAGGAUUAUUCUACUGAGACAACAUUCAUUUGAAUAAAGUUGCCACUACAGUAGACUACAGGCGACAAACUUGAGACGACCUGCACCCGGCCCACAGAACAAUUAUUAUUUUAUAUCCAGUCCACAAGAGAAUGAUUGGUACCCCAUCAUGAGCCUUUCUUUUUUAGUUUUAGAAGAGGUUUUACGGAGCUUGCAACUGCAUAAGGUCAUAAUAAUGUGCGCGCCAGAAGAUUAGAGGUGUUACUAGAGAGUAACAAACAAACAAACAAAAAACAAAAAAAAGAAGAAGGGGAGAUAAGGACGAAAGAUGUUUGAUAGGAAAGAGGAAGCAAACCACACCAGAGCACCCGCCAACCACCCACUGAGCAUUUUUAUAACCUUAGAACUUUACUCAAAAGUCAAAACAUGAACUUCUUGCCUUGAAAAGAAAUCAAACAUUCAGCUUUGACAAAUUAAGGCCUAAAUUGGAAUAAGAGCAAAAACUGGUAUCACCCCCCCCCCCCCAAAAAAAAAAA